AUGUCGACCACAAACUUCUCCGAGCCUUGGGCAGGAUACCUUGACCAGGCCCAGGUUCACCUUUCGAACACUUCGUUGCCUCGCAUGCUCUUGCUCCUCGUCGUAAAUAUACCCGUCAUUGCGGUUGCCCUCAAUGUCGUAUACCAAAUGCUGCCUCGUGAUCGUUCCUUGCCUCCACUCGUCUUCCAUUGGAUCCCGUGGUUUGGCUCUGCAGCUGCCUACGGCCAGGAUCCAGUGGAGUUUUUCAAAUCGUGUAGAGAAAAGUAUGGCAACGUUUUCUGCUUCGUGCUUCUUGGAAGAAAAGUCGUCGUCACGCUCGGUCCGAAAGGUAACGACUUCGUGUUCGGUGGAAAGCACACGGUGAUCGCCGCAGAGGAGGUUUAUUCACCUUUGACCACGCCCGUGUUUGGAAAAGAUGUCGUUUACGAUUGCCCGAACGAGGUGCUCAUGGAACAAAAGAAAUUCGUCAAGGUCUCUCUCACCACAGACAAGUUCCGCGACUAUGUUGGCAUGGUCGAGGAUGAAGUCACGCAAUUUAUGAACAGCGACCUGGCUUUCCGCAUUUUCCAGCUCAAUGACAUCAAUGAAUGGGGCGCCUUCGGUUCCUACAAGACGCUCGCCGAAAUGACUAUCCUUACGGCCGCAAGGACCUUGCAGGGCAGGGAAAUUCGCGAAAACAUGGACAAGGGUUUUGCUGAUCUGUAUCACGAUCUCGACCACGGUCUCACCCCCCUGCACUGGAUGUUUGAGAAUCUUCCUCUGCCUAGUUACCGCAAGAGAGACGUUGCACAGGAGAAAAUGAGUCAGUUCUACCAAAACAUUCUGCGCAAUCGUCGUGCGGGAGAUGGAGAUUAUGAGGAUGACGUCAUGGCCUCGUUGAUGAGGCAGACAUAUCGUGACGGUCGCCCCGUUCCGGAUCACGAGAUUGCUCAUAUGAUGAUUGCGCUGCUCAUGGCUGGUCAACACACCAGUUCGUCGUCAACGGCUUGGGUACUCCUGCAUCUUGCGGACCGUCCUGAUAUUGCUGAGCAAGUUUAUCAAGAGCAAGUCGAGCAUUUCGGUAUUCCCGGUGGUGGCUUCCGCGAAAUGGCAUACGAAGACAUGAGGAAGCUCCCCAUCCUGGACGCUGUCAUUCGAGAGACCCUUCGUGUUCACGCACCUAUCCACAGCAUCAUGCGCUAUGUCCGUAGCGACGUUCCUAUUCCCGCUUCGCUCGGUGCGCCCUCGGAAGACAGUGUGUACGUCGUACCGAAGGGCUACACAGUACUCGCCUCGCCUUCCCUCAGUCAGAUGGACCCGCUCAUGUGGAAGGAUGCGAACACCUGGGACCCUACGCGGUGGCUCGAUGCAGCGGGUAUGGCAGCACAGGCAAAGAGGGAGUAUGAUGAUGACACAAAAGUGGACUUCGGAUUCGGACUGGUCAGCAAGGGCACGGAGAGCCCGUACCUGCCAUUCGGUGCCGGCCGUCAUCGGUGCAUUGGCGAGCAGUUUGCCAUGGUUCAAAUCAGUUCUAUUGUUGCAACGAUGCUCCGGAAGAUCGAACUGCGGUUAGAAGGUCCUUUCCCCAAGUCGGACUACUCGUCGAUGAUGGUUGUUCCCAAGGAGCCCUCGCUUAUUGCGUAUCGUCGACGGAACUUUGACUGA